CUAAUAUCUAUCUUCUAACUAUCUAAUAUCUAUCUAUUUAUCUAUCUAUCUAUCCAUCUAUCUAUUAUCAUCAUCUCUCUAUCUAUCAUUUCUAUCUAAAAUUUCAGUCAAACAUGUUCAGUGGUUGCAGCAGAUCUACUGCCAGCAUUGUAAUGACUGCAGCAUUUUCCUUGCCUGCGUACAAUGCAGAUAAAUGUAUGUUUCUCCUUCCAGUGUCACCACCAGCGCUUAUAUGCAUUCAUUACCAGCUUCCCUGCCUCACCUGCCCAUGGUGCCCCCCACUAUAAUGUGGGCAGUGUUGUGGUCUGCUGUCUCCAGCAUCGCUGCAGAACAAUAGAAGACACCAGGAGACAGGCAUCAGACAGAAGAGAGAGGAGCAGGGUAGUGAUGUCAGAAGACACACACCUCCCCCCACCUCCACACAGCCAGAAGGAAGACUCCUUGGGUGUAGGGAGGGAGGAUGCUGCAGACUUAGCCUGGGAAGCCCUGUCCAUUACCCAUGCUGCAAUCUAGCCCCUGAGAAGAAUGUCCUGAAUAUCACAGAUAUACAUUACUAUCCAGUAUGUAUGGACGGACAUGUGAUUUGUGGCAGUGGAGCAGGAUAGUCUAUCAGUCCAACUAGGUGCCGCUUCUACUCAAAUCCAUAUGUUGUCCAUCUCGUGUCCUUUAUCUGCCAAUAUACCAUGUAUUUUUUUGGAACCAAACCUGUAUACCUUUCAUUACCCGUGCUUAUGUUACCAUUGUUGUCUUCUUGCUUGCAGUAGGUUAAGUUAAUAUUUUUGGAAGGGGUCACUGUAACUUAUCCUAAAGCAUCACAUUGAUUCGAAUGGUAAAAAGCCGCUGCUAAAUUCAGGCAUUGUAUAAAAUGCCAAAUGCUUCAGAUAAUUGGCAAUAGGAAGAAAUAUAUGGAUGAUAACUGGUUAGGGUUUCACUACUUAUCUUUCAUAGAGCAGCAAGGCCUAUGUUCCCGUAAUACAGCGCUUGGCCAACCCCUCCUGGCUCCGUGCUGACUCAGCAUGUGCCUAAUUGUGAUUCUGUCUUCAUGUUGUGAUCCCACAUCAGAUACAAUAUAUCGUAUUUAGCUUCCAUUUGCAGAUUUAUCACUUAGCCUCUGGCCAAUGUGUUGUCAUCAGGGAAAAUUUAGACCACGUUUUUUUAGAUAUAAAAUGCGUUAGGACACUUGAGCCAAACAUUGCCAUGUGGCAUAAAGCUUAUGGUAGAUUGUUGAGGGGUAUUUAAGGGCAUGUAUUAUCUUUUAUGACUGUGUUUCAUAAUAUUGGUUGACUUGGUAAAUCUUGGAAGCCAACAGCUGGCAAGCACCAUGAUAAUGUGUGUCUCUGGUGACCAACUAAGGAAGAAUCCAGUACAUGGUAACCCUGCGGGACAGCAUCCACUAUCUAUCGGGAGGAUAUUAACAGCUAUCUAUAUAGCAUUGGAAAACGUCUUGUCCCUGGUGGCCCCAUAGUUGAAUGUGUAGCUUCCGAGAAGCAGUAGACAAGGCUUCCAAUACACCCAAGCAGAACCCACUGUGUACUGAGAAGAAGCAACAACUUUAACAGUGUUAUCUAGAGAGCCCAAGUCAUGUUUCAAGGUUCUUUAAAGAGGUUGUUCAAGAUUUUUAUAUCGAUGGCCUAUUGUCAGGAUAAAUCAUCAAUAUAUCGGUGGAGGUACGACUCUGGCACCAUUGCCGAUCAGCUGUUUGAAGUGGAUACAGUGCUCUGGUAAAUGCUGAAGCCUCUUCCUGGGACAGAGACUCCUAUUCAUGUGAAUGGGGCUGAGCUGCAUUACUAAGCACAUCUGUUAUCCAAUGGAUGGCACUGUUUUUAACAAGCUGCAAGAAGGCCGUGGUGCUCACUGAAGCACCACAGCCUCUUAAAACGGCUAAUCUUUGGGGGUGUCGGGCCAACGCCAAUCUAAUAUUGAUGACCUAUACUGAGGAUAGGUCAUCAAUAUUAAACACCCAGAAAAUCCUUUAAGUGGUCUGUCAUUGACCAACAUGGUAACCAACUAUAAGCGGCACUACAGAUACAGUCUUGUUUCUGAGGGUGAACUAUUUGGCAUACAUUUUGCCAGGGAGCACUGCUCUAAAUAUUUCUAGGAGAUUGAGGAGAUUCCAAGAGAGAGGACAGGUGGGGAAUGGCUGCUAGGUGCCUCGUAGGUCACUUUGAGUAGAAACUAAUCAGGCUAAUAUGGCAGACUAAUAAUUCCUCCCUAUAUAGUGGGAUAUGUGUAGUAAAACAAGCACUGAUAUAGAGCCACAUCACAAUAAUUAAAUGCCACCUCUUCCAAAUACACUAUGGCUUCUUCCAUAACCAAUUUUGUUUUUCAGAAAUAACAGAUCAGUUCAACAUGUCUUCAUCCAUAAUAUCGCCGGCAGCUGACCCCACACUUCCAAACAUGGUUACCCAAGAAUUCUGGAGGUCGCAGGUGUGUGGCUACACUUCAUCUGUAACGGGUCAUAUCAGCCAUCGAGCCAACAAUUUCAAAAGACAUCCAAAGAGAAGAAAACUAGUCCGGCCUUCACCUCCUCCUCCCCCCAAUACCCCAUGUCCACUUGAUUUGAUUGAUUUUGUGGACCUUCAUCCUCGAAGAUCUUUUAUGGAACUCUUAUUUAAUGGGUGCAUAUUGUUCGGAAUCGAGUUCUGUUAUGCAAUGGAAACAGCGUAUGUCACACCAGUUCUCCUUCAGAUGGGUCUUCCAGAUCAGUUCUAUAGUAUGGUGUGGUUUAUCAGCCCCAUCUUGGGAUUUUUACUCCAGCCUUUACUGGGGGCAUGGAGUGACAACUGUACUUCCAGAUUCGGCAGGAGGAGGCCAUUCAUUCUUGUUCUUGCAAUAGGAGCCUUAUUUGGCCUAGCACUUUUACUCAAUGGAAGAGACAUAGGAUUGUCUGUAGCCGAUACGAGCAACGAUCAUAAAUGGGGCCUCAUUCUAACAAUCUGUGGCGUGGUACUGAUGGAUUUUAGUGCUGAUUCUGCCGAUAAUCCCAGCCAUGCCUAUAUGAUGGAUGUGUGCAGCCCAGAAGAUCAAGACCGGGGACUGAACAUUCAUGCUCUGCUCGGAGGUCUUGGUGGCGGUUUUGGGUAUGUGGUUGGUGGCAUUAAUUGGAACAAGACAAAGUUUGGACAAGCAAUGGGAGGACAGUUACGAGUCAUCUACACCUUCACAUCCAUAACUCUGGCCAUCACCACCGUCUUGACCUUGAUCAGUAUUCCGGAAAGACCUCUUCAAUCCUUCAAUAAAAAGAAAAAGGUGAUGAAAAGCCCCAGUCUUCCUCUCCCUCCAUCACCACCUGUGUUUUUUGAGGAACAGGAAAAUCAAACAGUGCCCUCACAAAAUUCUAACCAUUUGUAUGCCAACUUCACAAGUCCAAUCUCGCCUCUCAGUCCUCUCACACCAAAGUAUGGCAGUCUGAUUAGCCGGGACAAUUCCUUGACAGGCAUCAAUGAGUUUGCUUCCUCUUUUGGCACCACUAACAUUGACAGUGUUCUCAUUGAUUGCUUUACUGGGGGACACGAGUUUUUCUCCUCAACUUCUGGAAGUUUGCCAAGACAAGCAAGUAGUCUUCCCAGAGUACCUGGAAGUCUUUACUGCAGUGGAAACAGAAGCCUGGAUUCUGCUGAGAACUUGACAAGUCCUGGCACAGAUAGAAGUAGUAUGAGAGUCGGGUCCCUUGAUGAACCAAAGGCUAGAUCAUCAGGAAUUCUGAAAAGGCCACAGUCAUUAGCUAUUCCAGACAUAGUAACAGGGACGUGCCCAGAGAGCAGCCGAAGGCGAAACGUAACAUUCAGUCAACAGGUGGCUAACAUAUUGCUGAACGGAGUAAAGUAUGAAAGUGAACUUAAUGGAGCCAACGAGAUUUCCCAUCGACCACUUUCAAUGAAGCUCCUGUGUUCAUCCAUCUGCCACAUGCCUAAGGCUCUGCGUAACCUGUGCAUCAAUCACUUCCUAGGGUGGUUAUCAUUUGAAGGCAUGCUGCUAUUUUACACCGAUUUCAUGGGAGAAGUUAUUUUUCAAGGAGAUCCAAAGGCUCCUCACAAUUCAGAAGAAUACCAUAAAUAUAAUGCAGGGGUUACAAUGGGAUGCUGGGGGAUGUGCAUAUACGCCUUCAGUGCUGCAUUUUACUCAGCUAUACUGGAAAAACUAGAGGAAUACUUUAGUGUCCGCACCCUGUUCUUUAUAGCAUAUCUCACAUUCGGAUUGGGAACUGGUCUAGCGACAUUGUCUAGUAACCUAUACAUAAUCCUGUCUCUGUGUGUAACACAUGGCAUCCUGUUCUCCACACUCUGCAUCCUACCAUAUUCUCUUCUGUGUGAUUACUACCAGAAUAAGAAGUUUGUAGGCUCAAGCUCAGAUGGAAGCAAGCGUGGCAUGGGUGUCGAUAUAUCACUGCUCAGCUGCCAGUACUUCCUUGCACAGAUAAUUGUGUCCAUUGUGAUGGGACCUUUGACGUCAAUGGUUGGCAGUGCCAACGGCGUAAUGUACUUUUCCAGCCUAAUGUCAUUUGUUGGCUGUUUCUACUCUUCAUUGUUUGUCAUCUAUGACAUCCCACCUAGUGGAGACCUGGAUGAUGAAGAACAGCCGCUGCUGAUUAAUAUCUGAACAAAAUUCAAGGGAUAUUUUACAAUAGAGACUUCAUUUUAAAAGAAACCCCUGACCGGGUACCAGGUGCUGUCUGUGGGUAUUUCUGUCCCACCGGCCUUUGGAAUCUCCACAGAAUAAGAACAGCUGAACAAAACUGCACAAAAUAAAGUAUUAGCCAUGUCAAAAACACGUAUGUGUAACUAGCAUGUAUGAAGCAAGGGUUUAACAUGUGUAACAAGUGAUCGUGGGGUCCACAGCAGAAUGUUUAUAGGACCAUCUCAGCAGAGUUUGUCUGGAGUCACCUCAUUUAUGAA